AUGAAGAGCAAGCACGGACUCUGUUUGGGAUUUCUCUCUCUGACAGACCCAGAUGGAAACAAUUCCUCAUUUGCUCUUCUGGGUUCUUCUUUGGUUAUCUUGUUAAUGGCAUCUGUGAGGAAUAUGUGUACAACAGGCUCCAAUUCAGCUAUGGAUGCUCUCUGCUGUGCUCAUGGGGUCAAAUGGACUUACCAAAGGCUCUCUGGCUUGUCUCAACUAUCCGGCACAGCUCAUGUUCACAUCCAAGUGAAGCUCUCUGCUGUGCUCAUGGGUUCAAAUGGACUUACCAAAGGCUCUCUGGCUUUUCUCAACUAUCCGGCACAGCUCAUGUUCAAAUCCACCAAGGUUUUGCCAGUGAUGGUAAUGGGAGCCUUCAUUCCUGGUUUGAAACGGAAAUAUCCACCUCAUGAAUACGUAUCUGCUGUGCUUUUGGUGGUGGGUUUGAUCCUUUUCACCUUAGCAGAUGCUCAUACUUCGCCUAAUUUCAGUUUGAUUGGUGUCCUGAUGGUAUCUGGCGCAUUGAUUAUGGAUGCCUUUUUGGGGAAUUUGCAAGAAGCUAUCUUUACCAUGAAUCCUGCAACAACACAGACGGAAAUGCUUUUUUGCUCUACCCUUGUUGGCAUGCCUUUCUUGAUCCCACCAAUGCUUUUUACAGGAGAACUAUUCAAGGCAUGGAGUUCGUGUUCUCAGCAUCCGUAUGUUUAUGGAGUUCUGGUAUUUGAAGCCAUGGCAACCUUUAUAGGACAAGUGUCUGUUCUUUCCCUAAUUGCCCUAUUUGGUGCUGCCACCACCGCUAUGGUGACGACAGCGAGGAAAGCAGUGACUCUACUGCUGUCGUAUCUAAUCUUCACAAAGCCGUUAACUGAACAACAUGGGAGCGGACUUUUGUUGAUAUCUAUGGGGAUCAUAUUGAAGAUGUUGCCGGAUAACAAGUCUCCCAAGAAGAGAUCCACUGUUCCAUCUCCUCCUCCUCCCAUGGUCGAAAACAAAGCUCAAAGUGAAGACAACAGGUUUCAAAUUGGAAUUGAAGAAGCAGAGGAAAAAAGGCUAUUGGUCUGA